ACCAAAGCUUUUCUCUCGAGUCUCAACAACCAUCUUCUAUGGCUGCUUCUCUCCUUCCUCUCCUCCUUUUUUCUCUCUUCUUCCUCCUCAACCCUCCCUCCACCACUGCAAAUCUACACAAAGUCAGCAACCUCCUCAGAUCACAGCUUCUCUCACAGCCCAAACCCCACCGAGACACCCCUCCAAUCAGGUUCUUUGAAGUCACCAAACCCAUCAAAGUCCCCAAAACCAAGCCCUGCUCUUCCCUUGUUCUCCAACAUGAUUUUGGCUACACAUAUGGUAAACCCCCUGUUCUUGCUCCCUACUCUCCUCCUGCUCAUUGCCCAUCUCAGAAUUUCUCCAAAAUUGUGCUGGAAUGGAGUGCCACAUGUAAAGGGAGGCAAUUUGAUCGGAUUUUUGGGGUUUGGCUUGGUGGGGUUGAGCUUCUCCGGAGCUGCACUGCAGAGCCUACAGCUACUGGGAUUGUUUGGACUGUUAAGAAGGAUGUUACCAGGUAUUAUUCUUUGCUUAUGAAGGAAGAGACACUUGCUGUUUAUUUGGGUAAUGUUGUUGAUAAAACCUAUACUGGGGUUUACCAUGUGAAUGUGACUUUUCAUUUUUAUCCUGCUGCGAAGAAUUCUGAAAAAUUGGCUUCUGGGUAUGGUUCCUGGGCGGAUUUGAUCUUGCCCAUUUCGCGAAAUCUGCCUUUGAAUGAUGGGUUGUGGUUUGAAAUUGAGAAUUCGACUGAUUUGGAGGUGAAGAAGUUCAAAAUUCCUCGAAAUGCCUAUAGGGCUGUGUUGGAGGUUUAUCUUUCAUUUCAUGAGAAUGAUGAAUUUUGGUAUUCAAAUCCACCAAAUGAUUACAUUUCUGCAAAUAAUCUUACUGGGACUCCUGGAAAUGGGCCUUUUAGGGAGGUUUUGGUGGGGCUUGAUGGUAAGCUAGUUGGUGCUGUUUGGCCCUUUACAGUCAUCUAUACAGGAGGGGUCAACCCCCUCUUAUGGAGGCCAAUUACUGGAAUUGGGUCAUUCGAUCUUCCGAGUUAUAAUAUUGAAAUUACUCCAUUUUUAGGGAAGAUAUUAGAUGGAAAGACCCAUACUUUUGAGUUUAGCGUUACCAAUGCCUUGAAUGUAUGGUACAUAGAUGCAAAUUUGCAUAUUUGGUUGGACCAUAAGAGCACACAAACUGAAGGGAGGCUUUUGGGCCAUGGCUCUGGGUCGUCUUUGUCUACUUCGACAUUGUAUAUGAAGGGUUUAAAUGCAUCAUUUUUGACACUCUCUCGCAGGUCUAUAUCAUCCACUGGAUGGGUGAAAUCCUCCCAUGGGAAGAUGACAACCCAGUCGAUCCAAGAAUUCAAAUACAUCAACUUAAUGGUAAUGGGGAAUGAUGGGGAUUUGCAGACUGUGAAUCAGACAAUUCAUUUCAAUGAUGGUGUUUAUACCAAGUUCCCAUAUUCUUUUAGUUAUUCGAUCAAUUCAUCUAAACUGUUUCCCCUUUAUUUGUACUCUGACAAUGUGGAUCGAGGAAAUGGAACUUAUCUUUCACUGGCAAAUGUCACUCUGGGAUUUAAUGAGGAGAGAUCUAACUCUGCUGGUUCUAGCUUCUCCAAGACCUUUCUUGAAAAUUUGCAGACGGGGCAGGGUUCUAUGAUUGUAAAGAACAACUUGGUGAGCAGUGGAUUGGGGAGUACUCAAGAAGUAUACAACUAUGGCUGUCCUAAAUUCUGCUACUUUAGGAAUGUGAGCAGCUCAAACUACACCAUUUUGUAUGAUACGGUGAGCAGUUCUUGUAGAAGAAGGCCACAGUCUCAACUGGACAUUAGUCAUGGUAAAUUCUAUUCCAUUCCUGCUCGAAAGGUCUUUCUAACAUCUGAUUUGCGUGAAGAUGAGAAGGGGGUUUAGGUCAAUUGCUUCAAAGGAGGAUGUCUCUUAUUGGGUCUUUAGGUGGAUUUCUGCAUGUGGCUGCACCAAAUGAGAAUAUAACCAUGUCAUAGUCUUUAGUUUUUGUGUGCAUAAAUUACUUCCACUGCUGUUCCUUUUUAGUUUUUUAAUGUAAUUAUUUGCAUUAAAAUAUAUUAAGUCUUGUUCUUCAAGUGGAGAUGGUGAACAUCUUUCAUAUUGGUGUGCCUCAAUCUCUCCUAGUUUCUUAUCAAAACAAUUCCUAAUACCAGUUCCUUAUCAAAUGAAUGAAGGGAAUGAUCAACAUUUCCUGAUUUAAUA